AAUCUCCUCAAUCCUCUCUUUUCUUGUCCGCCAUUAAAAAAACAGACUAAACAAUCUCUACAGAGAGGGAGGGAAAAAGCUAGUCCCUCUUUCUCCUCCUCCGCAGAGAUUUCUUUAAUUGGGGCCUGUUGCAUCACUGUAAAGCCAAAAACUAUGUUGGGCUCCAUCACUCAUUCUCCCUCUCUUUACCACCAUCACAGGGGAUUGAGAGAGGAGCAGUCUGGUGCUUGCUGCUGCUGUUCUUGUUUCAGAGAAAAUGGCUAGGGAAACAGAGUACUAUGAUGUCCUCGGAGUUGGGCCCUCUGCAACUGAGGAAGAGAUCAGAAAAGCUUACUACGUCAAGGCAAGGUUGGUCCAUCCUGACAAAAAUCCGGAUGAUCCUCAAGCCGCUGAGAGAUUUCAGGUCCUUGGAGAAGCAUAUCAGAUCUUGGGUGAUCCAGUGCAAAGGAAAAUCUACGAUGGGAAUGGUAAAAUUGGUGUUUCUAGGGCUAACAUGUUAGAUGCUACUGCCGUUUUUACCCUUCUUUUUGGAAGUGAGCUUUUUGAGGACUAUAUUGGACAUCUUGCUGUGGCGUCAAUGUCUUCAUCAGAGUUAAAUAAUGAGAAUGACAAUCCUGAGAAACUUCAAGAUAAGUUGAAGGUUGUCCAGAGGGAGAGGGAGGAAAAACUUGCUAAGUUCUUAAAAGAACUUCUAAACCAGUAUGUUUCUGGUGACAAAGAGGGAUUCUUUCAUCGUGCAGAAGCUGAAGCAAAGCGACUUGCUAACACAGAUUUUGGUGUCGGUGUUCUACGCACUAUUGGCUAUGUGUAUUCAAGACAGGCUGCAAAAGAAUUAGGAAAGAAAGCCAUGUAUUUAGGUGUUCCUUUUUUGACUGAAUGGGUGCGAAAUAAGGGUCAUUUCUGGAAAUCUCAGUUCAUUGCAGCAAAAGGUGCUUUGCAAUUAUUGCAACUGCAAGAAGAAAUCUGCCGGCAAAUCAAUAAGGAUGAAUCUGGUUCUGAAAAUGAUGUUGAAUUGCAGAUGUACAUGAAUAAGGAGUUGAUGAUGAAUUCGUUAUGGAAACUAAAUGUAGUGGAUAUUGAAAUUACACUUUUACGUGUGUGCCAAAUGGUGUUGCAAGAAAACAAUGUUAAGAAAGGGGAACUCAAAUCCCGAGCUCUAGCUCUGAAAACUCUAGGAAAAGUUUUUCAGAGGGAGAAGCAUGUACUCAAUGUCGGUGCAUCAGAAAGCAAAAAUGAUUCAGACGAUGAGAGUGGUUCUGAUGCUAGUUCUGAUGAUGAUCUACCGCAAACACUUACAUAUCGAACGCCUAUUUUUACUCAGGGCAUUGGCAAACUUUUCAGAUGCUUAUGCAAUCCAGCAUAUGAUGUGGAUGACGACGAGCCUGAACAUCGAAGCAAAUAAAGGAUAAGAAUUUGUCUGGAAACUUGCUAAAACAAGGGCCAAAAGAUGUUUUGAUUUCAACAGGAUUGUUGUGAAAAUUUCCCAACAAUACGAGUGUUUAUAAUUUGUAAUUUUCUCCUUGAGGUGUGUCAAUGAAGUGCGAGCAUUUGUAAAAAAAAAAAAAAAUUGUUGGUGACGGGGCUAAUUGCUUCAGACAAAUAACUCGAUUUUUUCUGACAGUUUCUUUUAAGGUGAUUGAAUAUUGCAAGUUUGGGAGGUUCUUAGUC